AUGAUCGAUGAAACAAUGCUCGCUCAUCAAAUCUUCAGCUUGGCCGCCAUUACAGUUUUUAUUCUGAUCGCUAUCAUACAAUGCACCAAGAAAAAAGUCAAUAAUACAGCAAUUCCUACUGGUCAGCCACAAGCAGUACCAGCAGUUUUACCACCAAUGGAUGAACAGAAGACGCAAUCUAUGAUCGAGGAAAGUGAAGGCGAAAAAAAGAAAGGAGAAGAGAAGAAAGAGUCUGCAAAGGAAGCUGAGGAAAAGAGGGAGUCGAAGAAAGAGAGUUCAAAGAAAGAAGACUCAAAGAAAGAAAGCUCAAAGAAAGAGGGUUCAAAGAAGGAGGGAUCCAUACAAGAAGCAAGGAUUACAGCGAAAACUCAACAAAGUGACCAAAAGAUCCUAAAUGAGAUGAAAGUGAUGGUAACACAAGAAGUGCCGGGAGGCGACGAGAAAGAGGAGAAGGCGGAAGAAGAUAAGAAGGAUGAAAAGAAAGAAGAGAAGGAAGAAAAGAAAGAAGAAGACAAAAAGGAGGGAGAAACAGAUAGAAAGGAGGAAGAGACGGACAAAAAGGAGGGAGAGACGGAUAAAAAGAAGCUAAAUCGGAUAAGAAGGAAAAUGAUACGGUAA